CUGCGAGGUGCUGCUGUGGUGUGUUUAGAAUCAGCACCAUGGCAGAAGACAUCAAGACCAAAAUCAGGAACUACCAGACCGCCCCUUUUGACAGCCACUUCCCCAACCAGAACCAGACCAGGAACUGCUGGCAGAACUACCUGGACUUCCACUUCUGUGAGAAGGCAAUGACUGCUAAAAGGGGUGAUGUCUCCGUGUGCAAAUGGUACCGUCGUGUGUACAAGUCCCUCUACCCCAUAUCCUGGGUAUCAGCCUGGGACGACCGGCGGGCAGAAGGCACAUUUCCUGGGAAGAUCUGAACUGGCUUCACCCACCUCUCCUCUGUCCUCCCUCCUUCUCCCAGGGAGGUGAAGGGGGACCUGGGUGCAUGGUGAUCCCCACCCUGGGAUUCUGAAU